AUGCUGCAGACAGAGCGUCAUUUUGAAAAGCCCCGUGGGCCCCAGGAUGGGGUGAAGGAUGAAAUGAAGACGCUGAAGCCGCGUAAGACGCAGUUGAAGCGCAGACAAACAGCAUACGAGGCGCGCAAGGAAGUGAAACGGAGCUUGGUCGCGCAGGUGAAGGACAUGCAAAACGAGCUGGACCAGCUCAAGUUCCGACUGCUUGUGGAGCAGGGAGAAGCGGAUAAAGAGACUAAGCGAACAAAAGCAGAUAAUAAAAUGCUGCGUGAGUUUGUUCACAGACAGCAUUUGGUGCGUGCUGGAAUGCAUGCAGCGCUGACAAGCCACGCGCAACGAAGUUUAAACACUUUGCAACCGGUUCAAAGCGUGAUUUCGCUAGGAACAGACCAGGUGGCGCGAUACAACACACUGAUGGCGCUGAAGGAACGCCAAUUGGACUACACUGAGCGAUAUCUUGCAGCUAGAAGUCACGGACUAAAUCCUAGAUCGACGUACUGUCAAGAGGAGCGCUUUGACUCACCUGAAGGGGCCUACUUUGUCCUGAGGUUUGAGAUUUUGCCGAUCCAAGGAGCUCACGUCAAGGAAGUGUUUGAUACAAUUCUCGGCUCAGUUCUGAAUGCGGAGAUAAUUCUAUCGGAGAUGUUUGGCUGUGUUGCUAUCCGCGAAGACAACGACUUUGAGACAUCAGAGUUCUCACAGCUCCGACUGGUUACGGCGACUUCGGCUGGAACAACAGUGGAGUCAAACACGAUCAUGUUCUCGAGGUUUUCGGAUGAAAGUAAUGACGAAUGUGGCCACGGAGUAAUGGCCGCAGACUUUGUGGACUUUGACGCGCUAUACCCUUAUCGGACCGGUGAACGCGUCAGGAGAGAUACAACCACGCUAGUCACGGCUCGUUCUCUUUAUUCAAACGAUUCCGAGUCGCCCGAAGUAGUUGUUACGCGCUGGUCGAGCUUGAAAGUCCACCGAGAACUCUCUCGAGAUCCUGAAACGGAGAUGGCGGAGAGUUCAGUGUGCUACGGGGAUACCGCCCAAAAGUUUAUUCAGCAACAGCUUGUUCACGCAAAAACGCAAACAAUCCGCUAA